AUGUAUGGCGACGGCAAGGCGCAGACGGCCAUCUACAAGUGCGCAUCCGACGCAAUCAAAAACAUCCUGGCCACGAAGCGCACGCCGGAUCUCGUGGACCCCGACCCAGCCAGCCCCGCCAACGCUUACGUGCGCUUCGAGGGCAUCCUGCUGCGGGCAGCAUUCCACGAUGCCGGCACUUGGGACUGCGAAAGCGAGGAAGGUGGCGCCAACGGCAGUCUGAGGUUCCCAGAGGAGUAUGGCCACGAGAACAACCGGGGCAUGGCGACCGGCAUGGAGGCGCUGAACAAGGAGUGGGAGGCCAUGAAGGCCGCAGGCUGCGGUGUCAGCUUCGCCGACCUCACCCAG